ACCUGCAAAUUGAUCUCGUUUCCGCCUGGUUGGCAAAAAGCACGCCAUUGUUAUUUACAAGUAGAGCGGAAAGUUGAAAGGUCGUAUCUGUUUACAAACAAAUUGUGUUAAAGCGCGUGAUAAUGCCAACCAGUUGUUGUGCACCAGGAUGCACACAGAGAUUUGAAAAUAAUUCUGGGGUCAGUUUCUUCAGAUUUCCUAAAGAAAAAGAGCAGAGAACCAAAUGGAUACUAGCGCUACGGCGAAGAGAUCUUAAAGACCCAAACAAAUUAUGGGAGCCCUCGGCGUACGAUCGUAUAUGCAGUUUACACUUCACAUUAGGUCAACCAUCCAAGGAUCCUUGUCACCCUGAUUACUGUCCCAGUAUCUUCUCCUUUACUCCUGCUACAAAACAAACACCAGCCAGAGCAGACAGAUACCUUAGACUGAAGAAAAGAAAACUUUCUUUCACUGGUGAAAAGAACAAGGAAAACAACAAUCCACUGGAUAUAGCUGAAGCUCUUCUUAACCUUGGUAGUGACAUACCACAGACAUGUGACAAAGGCACUGAUCCAGACAAAGAUCCUUUACUCGUGAAACUGGAAAAGCUUGAACAGGAACAUUCAGCUCUUCAAAAGGAGUAUCAACAUCUUUUGGAUGAAAAUAGGUCACUGAAAGCCAAAAUAAGGAGUUCUGAGUUCACAUAUAAGAAUUUUAGUAAAAGCCAAAUGGCAUCAAUGACAGGACUUCCAUCUAUUGGAGCAUUUACAUGGGUACUGUCAUUAGCAGCGGUUGUAUGCAAACCCAUAGGGAAACUUUCAAUCGGUGACAUGUUGCUGCUUGUUCUAAUGAAGUUGCGUCUGAACUUAACAAACACUGACCUGGCUAUGCGCUUUAAUAUAAGUCCCACAAAUGUGUCCAGAAUACUGUGUCAUUGUUUACCUAGACUUGCAAAGUGCCUGAAAUUUCUGCUAGUGUGGCCAUGCAAGGGUAAGAUAUUGAAAAACAUGCCAAGAUCCUUUAAGAAGAACUAUAAGAAGUGUCGCGUUAUAAUAGAUUGCAGUGAAAUAUUUAUUCAAAGACCAACAAAUCUGGAUACCCGUGCUAAAACUUGGUCUUCAUAUAAACAUCAUAAUACCAUGAAAUUUCUCAUUGACAUUACACCCUAUGGUGCUGUAAGUUUUUUGUCAAAGUGCUGGGGUGGUAGAAUAUCAGAAAAGGAGAUAACUGAACGGUCAGGGUUUUAUGAUAAUCUUGAACACGGAGACCUUGUUUUGGCCGAUAGGGGCUUUCUGAUAUCGGAUGAACUGGCUGUCAGGGGUGCAUCACUCGCAAUACCGCCAUUUGCUAAGGGUAAAGUGCAGUUCUCACAAAAAGAGAUAGAAUGUGGACGUAGACUUUCAAAGGCAAGAAGACACGUGGAGCGGGCAAUUGAACGUGUUAAGCGAUUCCAAAUUCUAAAGCAUGUUAUGCCGCUUUCUAUGUUCCGACAUGCAGAUUCAAUCUUAGCUAUCUGUGCUGCAUUGACAAACUUAAUGCCCAAAUUGGUAAAAUAAAGACACAUGUAAAUGUAUGGAUAACAAUCUCUUUUAUUUCAGUUUCUAUUGGUUAAGGAAACAAUGUUAACAAAACAAUUAGACAAAAGACACAAUGUAACAUUUCAAUAUAGCUAAGGAAACAAUGUGAAAACAUUUUACUGGUAUAUAUCUUAUGCAUUACAUAGUAUGUUAUUGUAACAAUUUAUUUAUCAUUUAUGUAUGCCAAAGAAAUUUGUUGUUGGACUCAAUAUCAAAUAAACAGAAGAAAAUGUU